UCCAUCUGUUAUGUUUUGUUGUAUUUGAUUUGCAGAUAAAUGGAUUCAGAUUACCAACGAAGGUUUUGGGACUCGGAGAUAUCGAGGGCAAAGGUUAAUUGUAGAUCGAACUUCUGGAAAGCCGUGUCGGAUAUUAAGUUCAAACUGACUCCAACCCAAAUAAAGAAGUUUGAGGAUAGCUGUUUUGGCCACUUUUUGAAGGCCAACGAGAUACAAUUUAGUGGCCACAUCGUCAACAGCAUGCUGUAUAGGCAAUGUGUUUGCGACGACAAGGACUCUAUGGUAUUCAAUUUUGGAGGGCGUGGUGCUAGAUUUACACAGAGGGACUUCACCAUAAUUACAGGUCUACGGUUUGGUUACGAACCCAAUAGGCAGGUUAACAUCUCUACUCGUAUUAGUGACACGUAUUUUGGCGGAAAGCGAAAGGUCACUAAUUCGGAGAUAACCGAAGCUUUCCUGACUGCACAGUGUCAAGACAAUGAUGAAGCCGAUGAUGAUAGAUUGAAGUUGGCUUUAUUAUAUUUCCUAGAGACGGUUCUUCUAGGCAAAGAAAGCAUGGCCACCGCACCUCAUAAUCACUUGGAGAUGGUGGACGAUUUAGAGUACUUCAAUAACUAUCCAUGGGGUACUUUAUCGUAUACUACCACCAUUAGAUCGUUGAAGAGUGCUUUUGAGCAUAGAGAGUCCAUCGCUUUAAAGAAGUCAAAGAGUUAUAGUUUUUGUGGGUUUCCUUUGGCUUUCAUGAUUUGGGGUUUUGAGACAAUUCCUUCGUUGGGUCAAGCAUUCGGAAAGAAGUUGCCGGACAUGGCAUUCCCUCGAAUUCUUAAUUGGCAUUUUUCACAAGUGCCAAGAUUUGAGAAGGCCACUGAACUCUUCGAUCAUCGUGAUUAUCCCGUUCAUGGCUUAAUGAAUGUGACUGAAGUUGAGCAUGCAUAUAUCGGCAACUUGGCAUUGGAUGUACAUCAUGACAGUACUCCAUACAAUGUUGCACCUGCUGUUCGAGACAAGCCACCACAGGCAAGUCAUGAUGAAAAAGAUGAAGGUAUUCCACUUACAAGAAGUGGAAUAAGUAAGAAACGGAAAGAGGCGUCUGUGGAAAUUAUGGGAAAAGGAGGGAGGCGGCGAAUGGGACAUAAGCCGACAGACCAGCCUUCUUCAUCGACUGCAGGAGUUGCUGCUCAUGUUCAUGUUGAACCAACGACUCCAUCCCAACCUCCAACGACUCCAUCCCAUGAUGAGGUACCUUUGAGAGAGAGAUUAACAAUCCUUGAAGGCGAAGUGGCUAGUGUACGGCAAGACGUUAAGGAUUUACGAAUCGCCAUGCUUAGAGAGUUUGCAAGUUUGGACACCAAGCUUGAUAAGUUAAUGAAGCACCAAGGAGUGGGAGUUAGUGCUGACGGGUUGGGAGAUGGGAUGGACGGUCAAGGGGAUGAAAAUAAAGGAGAGUAUGGUCCCGAUGCGACCCCCGUUGAUAGACAGUCACAGCCAUAUGUUGACGACGAUGCAGGACCAAGUGUUACGAUUAUUGAGAAAGUGUCUCCAUCAAAGUUUCCUGCCGGGAGACGUGCAAGAAAGGUAGCAGCUGCUAAGCAAAACAUAGAUAUUGGGAGGAGGGAUAGGAAGGCGGCAGCAGCUAUUACAACUCCUUAUAGUGUCGGAGGCUUGCGAAAAAAACUACAGCGCACUUUACCUGGUGCAUCUUCUACUUUGAAGUUCGACCCAUACAAACCAGUACCUACGUGACUUGUAAAAAAUUUUGACAAAUUUAUGAAGUCUGGUUGGGCAUCAAAGGUUGAUAUGGACAUUUUGACUGCGGGUAAAGACUUUUUCCAGUUGCUUAUAAACAGUGAGAAGUGGCUGAAUCACGAUCAUAUGGAAGUCCUGCCUUACCUAUUUCGUGUACGUGCCAAUCAAUUUCCUGAUAUUUUUUAUCCUAGUUUUGAGGUGCUAGAUGGAGGAUUUUGGGUAUACAUUGAGCAAUGUCAUGGAAAGUUCAUCGACAAUCCAUCUAAGUUCCAAUUCUCAUACGCAAUGCAAGAAUAUGUGCUGGGGAUUCGAAUGAAGAAGUCCAAGCCAUG